UCCUGCCGCCGCGCUCGUUAUUUAGUUCCGCACGCAACCCCCUCGGAGGGGCUCCGCGGUGUUGGAGGAAGGGAUCGGCUCCAGCUGUGGAGCAAGGGCGGAUCGAGGCCAGCUGUGGCCGUGGGUGGGUGGGGGCAUCGUGCCCAGCUGUGGAGCGGCACGCACAGCCUCAUUUAAGCCCGCCCGCAGCCCCUCACAUGAUGGGAGUGUGACGGGUCCUGGCACGAGGUAACGGCGAUGGCGCUGAGCAGAGUCCGUCUGUUCCAGCCCCGUGGGGAGGGCACCCGGCUGCUGCCCCAGGCAUCCAGGCUGGCGGAGCUGCCCUACUCCUCCUUUGAUAACGAUGAGGAUGACGACACAGCCGAGCAGGAUCCCGGGGUGUGGUACCCCGACCCCCCCAAACUGAGCCCCUUCAGCCACUGCGUGCGCUACCUGGCCUUCCUCUGGAACCUCCUCUUCCUCCUGCUGGGGCUGCUGACCCUUGCUGUGGGGGUCUGGGGGCUGCUGGCCAAGAGCCCCCUGCCCGGGGGGGUGCCCCUGAGCUCGGACCCCAUGCUGCUAUUCGUGCUGGCGGGGCUGGGGGCCAGCGCCGUGUCCCUGGCUGGUUGCCUGGGUGCCUUCCGAGCCAGCCCCUGCCUGCUGCGCUUCUUCCUGGGUGCUGUGCUGGCGUUUGGGGGGCUGGAGGUGCUGGGGGGGCUCCUGCUGCUGGCUCCGCUGCUGCUGGCGCGGCGGCGGCUGCGGGACGCGCUGCGGGACCUGCUGCUGCUCUGCCUCCUGCGCUACCAGGAGGAUCCCGACCUGCAGUUCCUGGUGGAUGAGGUGCAGCGGAGCCUCCAGUGCUGCGGCCUCGAGUCCUACCGCGACUGGGAGAGCAACCCGUACUUCAACUGCAGCGCCCCGGGCGUGCAGGCGUGCGGCGUCCCUGCCUCCUGCUGCCAGGACCCGCUGCAGAACGGCUCCGUGCCCAACAUCCAGUGUGGAUUUGGGGUGCUGGGGCUGGGGCCGGGGGCAGCAGGGGCCGUGGUGCACGCGGGGGGCUGCGGGGCCGCGCUGGGCGCGUGGCUGCGGGGCCAGGCUGGCACCAUCGCCACCGGGGCCGCCGUCCUGCUGCUGCUGGAGGCCGUGGGAGCGCUCAUGGCGCUGAGGGUGCUGGGGGAUAUCACGGCUGUGAGGGUGUGGGAGUGAGGGCAACGUGGGGAUUGGGAUGUGCAGAGGGUUGGUUUGGUCCCAAAUAAACUUUGU